AUGAUGUUCCUCUGCAGACAGAACCAGAACCAGAACCAGACCAAGAACCAGAACCAGAACCCGACCAAGAACCAGAACCAGAACCAGAACCAGACCAAGAACCAGACCAAGAACCAGAACCAGAACCAGACCAAGAACCAGAACCAGACCAAGAACCAGACCAAGAACAAGAACCAGACCAAGAACAAGAACCAGACCAAGAACCAGACCAAGAACCAGAACCAGAACCAGAACCAGACCAAGAACCAGAACCAGACCAAGAACCAGACCAAGAACCAGAACCAGAACCAGACCAAGAACCAGAACCAGACCAAGAACCAGAACCAGAUCAAGAACCAGAACCAGAACCAGACCAAGAACCAGACCAAGAACCAGAACCAGAACCAGACCAAGAACCAGAACCAGACCAAGAACCAGACCAAGAACCAGAACCAGACCAAGAACCAGAACCAGAACCAGACCAAGAACCAGAACCAGAACCAGACCAAGAACCAGACCAAGAACCAGAACCAGACCAAGAACCAGAACCAGAACCAGAACCAGACCAAGAACCAGAACCAGACCAAGAACCAGACCAAGAACCAGAACCAGAACCAGACCAAGAACCAGAACCAGACCAAGAACCAGACCAAGAACCAGAACCAGAACCAGACCAAGAACCAGAACCAGACCAAGAACCAGAACCAGACCAAGAAACAGAACCAGAACCAGACCAAGAACCAGACCAAGAACCAGAACCAGACCAAGAACCAGAACCAGACCAAGAACCAGACCAAGAACCAGAACCAGAACCAGACCAAGAACCAGAACCAGACCAAGAACCAGAACCAGAACCAGACCAAGAACCAGAACCAGACCAAGAACCAGAACCAGACCCAGAACCAGACCAAGAACCAGAACCAGACCAAGAACCAGAACCAGAACCAGACCAAGAACCAGAACCAGACCAAGAACCAGAACCAGAACCAGACCAAGAACCAGACCAAGAACCAGAACCAGAACCAGACCAAGAACCAGAACCAGACCAAGAACCAGAACCAGAACCAGAACCAGACCAAGAACCAGAACCAGACCAAGAACCAGAACCAGACCAAGAACCAGAACCAGAACCAGACCAAGAACCAGACCAAGAACCAGAACCAGACCAAGAACCAGAACCAGACCAAGAACCAGAACCAGAACCAGACCAAGAACCAGAACCAGAACCAGAACCAGACCAAGAACCAGAACCAGAACCAGACCAAGAACCAGAACCAGACCAAGAACCAGAACCAGAACCAGACCAAGAACCAGAACCAGAACCAGACCAAGAACCAGAACCAGACCAAGAACCAGAAUAACAAACUCAAAUUUCAGCGAGUGUUUGUGUCUGAUUUUAGGUUCUACCUGCUAAAAAAAACUUUUAAGUUCCUUUAA